AUGGCUACACUUGAUGAUAACUGGCAGACAAAACGUUCAACUAUCAGCGAGAGAACCAAAUUUGUUUUCAAUAACGAAUUAUUAAGUGAUGUGAAGUUCGUAGUUCCUGCCCCGCAUAACGAAAGUAAAAGGAGGAAGAGUCAAAAGUGCAUUCCAGCUCACAAGUUUAUACUGGCAAUCAGCAGUCCUGUUUUCUAUGCCAUGUUCUACGGUGAAAUGGCGGAGACUGCAGCUACUAUUCAAUUGCCUGACUGUGAUUAUGAGAGUCUCUUAGAGUUGUUUCGUUUUCUGUACAGCGAUGAAGUGAACUUGAGCGGAAGUAAUGUCAUGCAAGUUCUCUACUUAGCAAAGAAAUAUCUGGUACCUUCACUCGCCGAUAAGUGCACUAAAUAUCUUCAGGAACAUCUAGCGGCGUCGAAUGUGUUCUCUGUUCUGCCACAAGCUCAGAAAUUUGAGGAUAAAGAUUUGGAAGAACGGUGCUGGGAAGUAAUUGANCCGAGAAGACCCUGGGUACUAGAUGGAGAAACGUAGCGUACUUGAGGUUGACGAGAGAGAAAACUUCGUAUACCUUGUAAUCAGAAAGUUGCAAUCGCUGCAAUGGCUACACUUGAUGAUAACUGGCAGACAAAACGUUCAACUAUCAGCGAGAGAACCAAAUUUGUUUUCAAUAACGAAUUAUUAAGUGAUGUGAAGUUCGUAGUUCCUGCCCCGCAUAACGAAAGUAAAAGGAGGAAGAGUCAAAAGUGCAUUCCAGCUCACAAGUUUAUACUGGCAAUCAGCAGUCCUGUUUUCUAUGCCAUGUUCUACGGUGAAAUGGCGGAGACUGCAGCUACUAUUCAAUUGCCUGACUGUGAUUAUGAGAGUCUCUUAGAGUUGUUUCGUUUUCUGUACAGCGAUGAAGUGAACUUGAGCGGAAGUAAUGUCAUGCAAGUUCUCUACUUAGCAAAGAAAUAUCUGGUACCUUCACUCGCCGAUAAGUGCACUAAAUAUCUUCAGGAACAUCUAGCGGCGUCGAAUGUGUUCUCUGUUCUGCCACAAGCUCAGAAAUUUGAGGAUAAAGAUUUGGAAGAACGGUGCUGGGAAGUAAUUGAGGCGCAAACCGAGAAAGCUCUGACGUCGGAAGAAUUUGUCACGCUUGAGAGAUUUGUAGUUGAGUCUGUCGUGAAAAGGGAGAGAUUGAAUGUAAAGGAAGUGGAUUUAUUAAAGCUGUUGAUCGCUGGGUCACUAAAGAAGUGGAAAGGUAAAGACUAA